AUGUGGUCUGAACUGCGGGCCGAGUAUUACGCCAAAUAUCCGAAGGCUGUGCCCCAAAGGAGCGGCAGAAUUCAGGAGUCAACAGGAACCGUCGGGACUACCCAGCGUCUCACACGCACUUCGUCAGUUCCUCACUGCGAGAAAUCUCCAAUUCUUGACAGUCGGCCCCUCGUCUCCAGGCGUCCGGUGUUAGCCCGAGCAUGCUCCCAGACAGUAGCAACGGGGGCUGGCGGAAAAGGCUUCGCGUGUCCAGGUGCUGCAGCGGUGGCAGCGUCAAGCGAUGACGGCCAACGUUCAACAGCGUCCUUCGUUGCUUCUUCACAGUCCUCGGGGGAACAUUUAUUGGGGGCGGGAGACGCGUCUCGUUCGCGUGGUGGUGCUGACCUCUCGUCGGACAGAAUCGAAGACUCUCUUCCCGCACAGCCACCGGCCUCACCGGCAGGUAUUAGCCGUGAAUGCGUACUAAAGGGAGCCUUGGAUACACGAGAAGGCGAGUCGCAAAAGGGAUCGCACGAGCUAACACAGAACCGCACGGACGUCUGUGCGCCUGAUACGAGCAAGGCGGAGGUUCCAGGUCUUCGAGAUUUCUGUAGUCUGCGCGGUGGUGAAGCUUCCGUUUCUGGUCCCUCACGUGGAAACUACAGUCGUAAAGGAACCAGUGAUCCAGAGAAUGCUGCAGUGGAAAGCGGGCGAGCACCUGUGGCAGGUAGCGCUCACAAAGGAGCGCUCACCACUGAGGAACGUGGCUCUCGGCUUCAGUGUAAAUCCCGUGGCGGGGCCGGCUCGGAAACUGUCACCUCUUCCGUCCUCAAGAGCGAGAAGGACGCGUCACUAAGAGUAUUGGACGCCACAGAUAACGAAGAGGCUCGUCUGAGGCAGGGGCGAGGCUCACCGUGCCUCACACUUCGUAGUAUAGUGUCUGGCACACAGGUCGCUUCACCAGCGCCUGGUGACGUGGAUGAUGACGCAGCGGCAAGCCUACCCCCCAAACGACAGAAAAAGGUCGUCACCUCAAGGACCAGAGGCCGUGCUUCAACUACUUCACCUCCGGGAGGGAGAGGACUACGUGGUUGUGGCUCCCUCAGGCUUUCAAGAAGCUCCUUCCAAAUUCCUGAGAGCAGAGCGUCCAUUAUUCAGCCACUGGAGAAAAGGGACUCGGUAUCACAGGUGCACAGGGGGCCCGGCUCGUCCGGUGCGUCCUCUCAUCUGGCAAGGACUACCGAAACCGCCAGCAGCAAACGCAGCCGGCGCACUACCAGUGUUGAGAGGGUUCCGCCAACAGGGCAACGGAUGAAUAUCCAGCAGGAUGAGACGGUUAAUGCGUCGAGACACAACAGGAAUUCGCGUGGAGGCGACCGAAUGACAGGCAUCAUGACAACCGAACGACGACUGGCAAGAGGGGGACCGAAGACAACAGACAGUUUACUCAUUGAAGAGUCAUUUUCAAUAUCUGACGAAGGACAUUCAGAGAAGGUAGCAAGACCCCUGCGCGACAGCAGCGAGCUGUCGAACUGCGCGAGACAACUUUCGGAGACACAUCUCACCGGCUCCGAUUACGGGAUUGGCAGCAUCGAUGGCAGCUCAUUCAAGCAGGAUCCGCGUUGGCAGGGCUCAUCUACAACGAUAAAAUCUCACCAGAGCACCGGCCGGAACCAUUCUCAUACGAUGGUCGCACCCUCGCCGGACGGAGGGCCGCGCUUUGCGUCUGAGCGGCAUUCUCAGCAGGCUCGACAACAGUGGGGAAACGCCAUUCCGUGCGCCAUGUCUUACGCUUCCCAGGCCCCUUCGCUUCAUCCUCAGAUGCCUAUGACCUCCGAGCCCCACUGUCUGAAUGCUCAGCAGAUCGGGGAUUCUUCAAAUGUCAAAUCCUUCCCCUGCGGCAGAAGCGAGCAAGGAUCCACUCCACAGAGGAACGCGUUCGCUCUCCCCAGGCCGGGACAAGAAGGGACGCAACGGAGUCACUGCAGCCGGUACGGUGGAGCCGAUCCAUGUGCCUCCAGGCCUAUCUCGCACAUCCGCGACCCUCUGCGUGCAGCCGAUAGCAAGGAGAACUUAUCUGAAAAUGCGGCAACCGGAGCGAUGUCUGCAGACGGAGCGAUGCAGACAUCCUUGAAGGCUCAUGGGACUCCAUCCACCUUUGGAGAGCGGUUCCAUUCAUCUGCCAGCCACAACCACCGCUACUCAGAGGUACACAGAGGAUUUCCACCGCCGGUCCUGUCGGAAGCGCCGCACCCACUGGAUGAGGAAACAAACGACCUGGCUGCAUUUGCGGAUCACCUCUCCGAAGGUUCAAAAACCGAUGAAAUUCUCGUCUCCACGGUGUACUGCGAAGACAGUGAACCUCUUGCGCCUCGCUCUAGAGACGCGGCGCCCACGUGCGCGGCUCGCCAGCGAGUCCCUCGUUCUGAAUCGACUGCAAAUCGCCAGUCAUCAAGAAAUGGACUGCCAAAGCCUCGCAGUCGCUCAGAGCAUCCAGCCAGAUCCGGCGGGAAGGGAGGACUCUGCUCAAAUCAAGCGGCGUCACACGCGUCGGCGUCUGCUACUGUGCCAAGUCAGAACCCACGCAGCGUUGACCUCAGGGCUUCCAAGCACGCCGUGCCGGAUAUAGGUAGAGCACGAACACCAGGGACUGCAGGUACCCAGCUCUCGAAAGCAGGUGAUUCAAGCCCGUCAAAAAGAGGUGUAUCGUGUGGCGCAAGGCCAGGUGGCAUUUCCAGCUUGAAGAACAAUGUCACGAACGGAGGAGGAACGCGGAGGGGAGCAGAAGUGGCCUCUGGCUCUAAACCAGCAAAUCUGGCGGCACACCGCCCUACGAGCCGCUUGACAACAGCAGAAGCGGGUGCUGGGGCACGGUGGCUUUCGAGGACACCCGCUAGUGAGGGCUCAAUAACUGAACAAAAUGAAUUGCCCGCUGUCACAUCAGACGGCAACAGCCAGGCUCACCCAAGCAUGGGAGGCUCAGAAAAUCCAUAUUCAAAUUCAACUGGUUGCAGUCAGCCGGGCUGGACGUCCGGGAAGAUUGAGGACUCCUCGCCAACCCUUAACAGCACCAUUUUGACCAAUUUCGGCAAUGGGAUUGAUUCAUCAGGUCAAGGAGCGUCGUUCGGUGGGCAGGGGGGACCAGAGACAGCCGGAGUGGUCCCGCCACCAUCUCCGCAUCAGCAACAGACAUAUCCAGACCAGGGAGGCGCCACAGGUCUGGCAUAUCCUUAUCUGUGCGGCAAUGCAAAGCCCGGCACCUACGCGGGAACACUUCCCGACCGUAAUCCCGCUACGUGUGAGCGUCGUCCCGUCUCGAGAAACGGUUUUGCGAGAGCGAGACUGCAAAGUCCACCACCCGCAGCCGCAAGUGGAACCUCCGAGCGUCGACCGUGGAGCACGCCUCCGUCAGUGGUCACGCACUCCUCCGGGACGCGUAGGUGGUAUCGUCUCCCGACGUGGGUCGGUAACAUCCCGCGAGAUUCUCCAGACGACUCCGUCCUGCAUCUCACUCCAGGCGUUCCAGGGUCCCGCUUUGAGGACUUUUUGGGAGUCCCGGUCUACUCCGACCCCCGGUCAUGUUUCCAGACCUCGCGCAGCGGAGGUGCUGCAAUUUCGCAGGCACCCGUAGCCCAAGGCCCAUACAAUACUCGCCGCCAUCCUGUAUUACCCACCCCUUCGAACUGCAACACUGCUGCCUUUUCGCCGGCGCUGAACGGCUCGAAUGCAAGCAUUGGCCUUCAGCUACCCCAGUCUGGCAUGACGGCCACCUUGCAUCAUCCUCCUCAUGUGCAGCCUCUUCAACGAACGCCCAGUCCCGUGCAAGGGGCAAGCAUGUCUCAGGCAGGAUGGCCAGCCGAGUCCUACGGCAACGGAAGAUCUGUUCUUCCGUUCCCCGGCUCUUCGUCCUCGCAGUGUGCUCCGAUGGUUUUUCACACUCCCUCCAUGAGGCCGUUCCAUCAUAGCUUCGUCAACAGCCAAAAGCUGUUCGCGUCCUCAGCAAUCCACCGUGUGGCUGCAAUGGCAGCGGCAGUCGCAAGCGGCAGUACAGGCGCGGCAGCGUAUGUGCCUGGAACGACUCUACAGCCUUCGUGGGGUGCUUUUUCUAGAACCGUCCAAGGCGCUAAGGGGCCGUGA